ACCACUUCAUUAUUGAGGAAACUGUGCCUUGAAGAUUAUAAAUUGCUUCUGAAAAUGUAAUUUUAUGUUACUAUAUAGGGCCAAUGACACAACUUUGACUAUUCUUACCAAUUGAGCUCACGAUAUGCUUGGACCGCCUUAGCGUCUCCAUAGUCUCUAUCUAUAGCGUUGGAGAGGGACACGUUCCAUUCAGCAUUAUGCGAUAAUCUGUCUUUCUUGGAUUCUUCCAUUCAAGAAUUAUUGUGUUUUGAGGGGAAAGAAGAAGAGAAAAUGGUACUACAAACAGUGGAUGUUCUGAAAAAUGAAAUUCCAUUCGAGGAGGAAACAGUAACGAUUUUUUCUCCGGCCGGUUUAGUUCUCGUGGACAUCAUCAAUGGCUUCUGCACCGUUGGAUCGGGCAGCCUGGCCCCAAGGGAACCCAACAGGCAGAUCACUCAGAUGAUUGAAGAAUCAGCAAAACUUGCAAAACUGUUCUGUGACAACAAAUGGCCUGUGCUUGCAUUUCUCGACUCGCACCACCCUGGAAAACUCGAGCAUCCCUAUCCUGCACACUGUAUCACUGGAACCGAUGAAUCAAACCUUGUUCCAGCUCUGAGGUGGAUAGAAGAGGAGCCAAAUGUGACAAUCAAGCGCAAGGAUUGCUACGAUGGGUUCAUUGGUUCGAUUCAGGAGGAUGGUUCCAAUGCCUUUGUUGACUGGGUGAAGAACAACAAGAUACGAGUUUUGUUGGUCGUAGGUAUCUGCACAGACAUAUGCGUGCUGGACUUUGUUUGCUCCACAUUGUCCGCUAAGAACCGUGGUUUUCUCGACCCUCUUGAGGAUGUGGUGGUGUACUCCAGAGGCUGUGCUACGUUUGAUUUCCCAGUUUCGAUGGCAAUAAAUAGCAAAGACCUUUUAGCUCAUCCCCAGGAGCUGAUGCACCAUAUGGGGCUCUACAUGGCUAAGGGAAGAGGUGCCAAGAUCGCGAGAGAAGUAAUGUUUCAUGCUCCAGGGAAGGCAUGAGAUACCAGUACCUGCAAAAUACAUAGCUUAACAUUUCGUGGUCAUUCUCAGGAUCAUGAAAUCAAUGUAUGCUGCUGUUUAGUUAUGUGUGAUGAAUAAACCCAAACUGUGGAACUGGAUUCAAGAAUUAUUAGACAAUAUUCAGCUUAGAAGUUAAACUACGAUGCAGAGAGAAGGAUUGGAACAUUUCCUAUCUUGGAAUGGAACUUUCCCAUAUAUACACAAGGUUAUAGAAA